AUGAAAUUCUUGUCUGCUGCUACUCUCUUCCUUCUUGCUGCAAGCACCACAACAUGCCUGGGAAAAGUUAGGAGGCGCUACUUGGAAGAAGUUGUCAAGCCUGAGCAACUCAACCAAAGCUGCAGCAAUCUCAAGUACGAAAUGUUCAUUGCUGUGGAGGGAGACCACAUGGGGAUCUUUGCUCAACCAACCAGAGAUAUCCCUGAGGAGGAACUUCCAGAAGAUUGUGGACCCAUGUUCUUUCACCAAGUACCUCCAGCUCCCAAGGAGGUUGGCCCAUCUAGUGUGGACAGGUUCCUCCCUGGUGCUUUGUAUCCCCUUGGGGAUCACAACAUGACGGACAUUUUGAUUGCAUUUGAUUCUGUCCCCAACUCUGAUGAAACGUAUGACAUUGUCACACACCAUUGUGCAAUCUUGAUCCUUCAGAUGAUGUGCUCUUUGAACAUCCCUCUAGUACAGGACAUGAAAGAUUGGGCUGCUGGUGAGCUGAUGCGCACUGGUGAGGCUAAGGACAGCAUUGUCUCCAUGACUCGUGACAGUGUCAGUUUUGACCUGCUUGGUAUUGCUCGGAAUGCCUCAGCUGCGGCUUCCAUUAGGACACUUGUGGAGUACGAUGCUGACAUGUUCUACUGUCCUGCUGUUGAAGAGACGAAAGCUGACGAAUUUGAAUGCUCUGGGUCUGGCAAUUACUUUGGUACGAAAGUCUCCAUGGCUUCUCUCUCUGCAAUCAUGGCUUCUGCCAUGGUCAUCUAG